AUGGCCUACUAUCGCUACGUUGCCAUCUGCAGACCCCUGCACUAUGGGACCAUCAUGGGCAGCAGAGCAUGUGUCAAAAUGGCAGCAGCUGCCUGGGCCAGUGGGUUUCUCAGUGCGGUGCUGCACACUGCCAACACAUUUUCAAUACCACUCUGCCAAGGGAACUCCCUGGGCCAGUUCUUCUGUGAAAUUCCCCAGAUCCUCAAGCUCUCCUGCUCUGACUCCUACCUCAGGGAACUUGGGGUGCUUGUGGUUAGUGCCUGUUUAGCGUUAGGGUGUUUCAUCUUCAUUGUGGUGUCCUAUGUGCAGAUCUUCACUGCUGUGCUGAGGAUCCCCUCUGAGCAGGGACAGCACAAAGCCCUCUCCAUGUGCCUCCCUCACCUGGCUGUGGUCUCCCUGUUUGUCAGCACUGUCAUAUUUGCCCACCUGAAGCCCUCCUCCAUCUCCUCCCCAGCUCUGGAUCUGGUGGUGGCUGUUUUGUACACAGUGGUGCCUCCAGCAUGA